AGAGGACAUCCUCUACCCCCACCUUAUCUAAAAUGUGCCCUCCCUUCCUGGUUUCACCUCUGCUUGUUGACUGCCCUUGUUAUACCUGUAACUAUUAUCUUGUUACUUGCUUUUUAUUCCCCUCGCACUGGGAUGUAAGCUCCAUGAGGUCAGGGACCAUUCAUCAGCGCCUAUAAAUACUGUGGCACCUAAGGGCGGUGGCACCCAGGAAGUAUUGGAUAAGGAACCGUGACACUAACUUUAAGUGGGACUCAGUGCUCUCUUCCGCCUUGAGUGCCCAGCUCAUCAACGGUCUGGGUGAGGCUCCGGGUCUUAAGCCCUCGCUCGACUGCUUCAGGGCCCACCGCAGCCCCCAAACCAGCCCGGAGUGGUCUGAUGGUGCCCAGGGAAUGGUUUCCAAGGUAACAGCAAACGGGGAGGGGCUUGGAACGGAGGACAGGGCUCGAGCCUGGGCAGGGCCCUCCUGGGAGAAGAGGCGGCGACGCGGAGGGGAGGCGGGAACAGGGGUGCUGGGAGGGCGCGCGCGGCGAGGGGCACAUGCAGGGCCCCGGCGCGCCACUGCUCCUUAGUGCGGGGGAACUGGGGCCUGGGCGCCGGGGCUUGGCCUCCUGGUACUGCCAGGAGGGCGGCUCAGUGUGCCACUGGCUGCGGAAGCCGCAGCCUCCCAACCCACGCAUCAGUUUACCCUCCGCAUGCCGCUCCGAUUUCCGUCUGCCAGGGAGGCCACCUUGGCCCGGCCCCGCCUCCGCCCAGCCCGAGGAGGGCCGUGCAGGCAGAAGCGAGGCGGGCAGCCCCGCCCCUGCGCGUCGCCUUGGCCGGGCCUUCAGGACGCCGGUCCUCGGCACCCAAGCCCAGGGCGACGUGGAUCCCCGCCCCCUCGGCUCCCCGCACAAGUUGGUCCUGGAUGAGCCCUCGCCGCAGGAUGGUUCCCCGGUCCUCUGGCGACGAUUCUCCAAGGCAUCUCACAUGAACCGGCUCCAAAAUGCCAAAAUCCACGUGGAGAGAGCUGUCAAGCAGAAGAAGAUCUUUACCAUCCAAGGCCGCUACCCGGUGAUCCGGUGUCUCUUGUGCCAGAGGGGCUGGGUGGAGAAGAAGAUGGUCCAUUGCUCAGGCUCCACCCUGCUGCCACUCCAGAAGGAUCCGGAUAGUUCAGUGAUGGGUGACAGUGACACCACUGAGGAUGAGGAUGAAGAUGAGGAUGAGGAGCUCCAGCCACCACAGCUGUUCGACUUUGAUGAUUUACUGAAAUUUGAUGACCUAGAUGGAACACAUUCUCUGAUGUCUCGCAUGGUUCGGAAUGAGACCCCCUACUUCAUCUGGACCACUCGGCGGGACGUGCUUGACUAUCGCUUCCUCUCUAAGGAUCAGAUGAUAAACCACUACGCCCGGGCUGGCUCCUUUACCACAAAGGUGGGUCUAUGUCUCAAUCUCCGGAAUUUGCCAUGGUUUGAUGAGGCUGAUGCCGACUCCUUCUUCCCACGCUGCUACCGCCUGGGGGCUGAGGAUGACAAAAAAGCCUUCAUAGAAGACUUCUGGCUGACAGCUGCCCGCAACGUUCUCAAGCUGGUGGUAAAGUCUGAGUGGAAGUCAUACCCUAUACAGGCAGAAGAGGAAGAAGCCACAGGAGACAAGCAACCCAAGAAACAGGAGAAAAACCAAGUGUCGGUGUCCCCAGAGUUUGUGGAUGAAGCUCUGUGUGUGUGCGAGGAGUAUCUUAGCAACCUGGCUCACAUGGACAUCGACAAGGACCUGGAGGCCCCGCUGUACCUCAGCCCCAAGGACUGGUCCCUCUUCCUUCAGCGCUACUACCAAGUGGUCCACGAAGGGGCAGAACUCAGGCACCACGACACUCAGGUCCAGCACUGUGAGGACAUCCUGCAGCAGCUGCGGGCUGUGGUACCCCAGAUAAACAUGGAAGGGGAUCGCAACAUCUGGAUCGUGAAACCAGGAGCCAAGUCUCGCGGACGAGGCAUCAUGUGCAUGGACCACCUGGAGGAGAUGCUGAAGCUGGUGAACGGCAACCCCAUGAUGAUGAAGGACAGCAAAUGGGUGGUACAAAAGUAUAUUGAGCGGCCCCUGCUCAUCUUUGGCACCAAGUUUGACCUGAGACAGUGGUUCCUGGUAACUGACUGGAACCCACUUACUGUGUGGUUCUACCGUGACAGCUAUCUCCGCUUUUCCACGCAGCCAUUCUCCCUGAAGAACCUGGACAACUCAGUACACCUGUGCAACAACUCCAUCCAGAAGCACCUGGAGAACUCGUGCCAUCGGCAUCCACUGCUGCCUCCAGACAACAUGUGGUCCAGCCAGAGGUUCCAGGCUCACCUGCAGGAGAUGGGGGCCCCAAAUGCUUGGUCCACCAUCAUCGUGCCUGGCAUGAAGAAUGCCGUGAUCCAUGCACUUCAGACCUCCCAGGACACUGUGCAGUGUCGGAAGGCCAGCUUUGAGCUCUAUGGCGCUGACUUUGUGUUCGGGGAGGACUUCCAGCCCUGGCUGAUUGAAAUCAAUGCCAGCCCCACCAUGGCACCCUCCACGGCAGUCACCGCCCGGCUCUGUGCUGGCGUGCAAGCUGACACCCUGCGCAUUGUCAUUGACCGGCGGCUGGACCGCAACUGUGACACAGGAGCCUUUGAGCUCAUCUAUAAACAGCCUGCUGUGGAUGUGCCCCGAUACGUGGGCAUCCAGCUCCUGGUAGAGGGCUCCACCAUCAAGAAGCCCAUGGCGAUGUGUCAUCGGCGGAUGGGGAUCCGCCCAGCACUCCCCCUGCUGACCCAGCGAAGCUCUGGGGAAGGCAAGGACUCGGGGACCCCUACCCACAGGUCAGCUUCUAGGAAAGAUGCUGGGGCCAGGAGCCUGGAGCACAGUGAGAAGCCAGACUCCACUGCCACCACUUCAGACCCCGGAAAGGGGAAGAAAGGCAAGGCAAAAAGUACCACAGCCCUGGUCUGCCCCAAUCUCUGGGAAUGGGAUCUCACCAGCACCAGGUUGGGGUGCAUUUUCACCAUGACCUUUUCUAGUGGGGACAGGCAACCCCACCCCUUGAACAGAUUGCCACCGAGUCCGAAAAACCCCCAGACCCUGGCCCCUCACCACUUCCCCAGCCUCCACACCAAGGCCCAGCUGCCUUCUCCCCAUGUACUCCGACACCAGGGCCAGGUCCUCAGACGACAGCACAGCAAACUGGUGGGCACUAAGGCCCUGUCGAUCACAGGCAAGGCCUUGAGGACUCUACCCACGGCCAAGGUCUUCAUUUCCUUCCCACCUAACCUUGAUUUCAAGGUGGCACCCAGCAUCCUGAAGCUAAGAAAGGUGGGCCUUGAACUGUGACUCACACCCAGUGGGCAGUGCUGAGCACGGGGUCAGGGCUGGAGGGCACAGGCAGAGUGCAGCUCCCAGGCUGGCUGGUACCCCAAGGGAAGAGCUUGUCUUCCUCAGAAGCCUCUUCCUUAACAGACUCUUGAUCAUCUCCCUCUUCUCCCCUCCUUUCACCUCGAGGCUCCUGCUCCCCUGUGCCUCCGAGGCCACCACCUGGAAGUGCGUUGUUGCCUCUGCCCUUUGAAGUUGGAACAACUCCUACCACCCAUAAGAAAGUCAAGGCCAAAGGCAAGUUCAAGGCCAGACUGUGACAAACCCAGGGCUGAGGACGGCCCUGUGAAGAGGCUAAGCCCCCUGAAACCUCUGCCCCUCGUCGGUACAUUCCAGAGGUGAGGAGGCCUGGGGGAUAUGAAGCUAGGGAAGCUCCUGCUUCAAUUUCCCACUGCCCUUGUCCUGGAUCCAACACCAAAUAAAAAGAAACAAGUGGAGUA